GGGGGCGCUAACCGACAAACAGUAGCGCAAGAAGCACAUCGUAAAGAUGGCGGCGCUGUGCUAAAUGGUUACUAUUUUUGUUGCAAAUUGCCGAAGUUGUUUAUAAACAAACCGUAAUUAAUCAUUUACUCCGUCGGCAGUCUAACACGAGUGAUUUUUGAGGCUUCAAUGCUGUCGUACGCUGCCACUUCAUUGAAAUUCGCCUAACAAAUUGAAAAUAUACUACUCUUAAAGUCGCAAACACCCGGAAGAAUGGAGAGCCGCAGCCUUUUCAACGAAUAAUGUACCCAAUAGAUGCGCUUCGUUCGGAGGCCUUCAAUCCGGAAAUGGGCCUCUUCGAGUUCGGCUAAAGUGCGCGAUAAUGUGCGAGUACAAAGACUACAAUGAGAAAUGUGCAUUCCAAUUGUUUUUAAAAUGUACUUAGUGAAGUCUCGGUGAUAACGGCUAAAGGAAAAUGUCUUCGUCGACACCGCAAAAGACCGCACCGAAGAUGUGUAAAUCGCCGAAGAACACGAAUUUCCCGAUCAAGGCCGAGAAGGUGCACAUAAUCAACGAGUACGAAAACUUGAACACCAACUGUACGGUGAUCGGCUCGAACAAUCUACAUUUGGUCAAGAAGCCGCAGAUGGUGACGAACAUGUCGCCGGUCUACUCGAAUCCGAGUCCCGGAUAUCCGCCUUCGCCGUACUCGUCGCCCGCCAGCCUGAAAUCGCCGUCACCGCAGAGCUUUAAACCGCCGACGCCUCAGCCCAGUUAUCCCGUGAUGCAGAUCAUACACAGUAGCCAUCAACUUUUAGCGAGACCUCUUCAGGCGACAGCCCAAAAUACGAUUAAGCUGAAGCCGCAUCUAAAUAUUUUACCAAAACCGUCAGCUAGUCCUCAACCGCCCAAACCCAGUGUAAGCCCGCAUAUUGUAAUACCAACCCAACAAACAGCCACAAUAAUGCCAACAGCCCAGCCGUUACUACUAAAUCAAAUGCCGAUGCUUGCUCCCGGAGUGCAACUGAUAUUGCGUCCGCAAACCGCAAAAUUACCUACGCACGUACAAACUGCCGCUCCGCAAGGUCUAAUUCUGCAGCCGAGCGGUCAACCUCUCCUGCAGAUACAGUCGCCGCGCACGGCCCAGCCGAUGGUGCGAGUUUUAACGAACGGAAUGCAUCUGGCUCCGCAUACGCAAGUGGUGACGCAGGUCGCGAGUCCCGUCAUAACGCAGCAGACGCAGAUCAUGCAGCAAAACGAGCAUCUGUCCUUCACUCAAGCACAAAUCACCUCCAACAACCCGCCGAAAAAAAAGCCAAAGAAGAAGAAGCAAAAACUGGAUCUCGCGAAUAUUAUGAAACUGUCCGGGAUCGGUGAUGAGGAUGACAUACAAUUUGAGAGCGACACGUCGCAGAGUGAGAGCGAGCCCACCAUGCAGAUCACCGAGAACCUCAUAAGACCGCAGCAUAUUGACGCGAAUAAACGGAUUGGAAACAUACAGAUUACUAGCGUGCCGCAGCCUACCGUGUCGACGGCGACGCCUUUAGUUCAGCUGCUUAAUCAAAGUUUUCAAAGCGGGGUCAACAGUGGUUUCCAAGCGUCUCCAGCUGCACCCGCCGGUAUACCGUUGAAUUCUUUCAUCGCGCCAAAUAUCACCAUCAAUAACGGUUUAGUGGUUCAGCGAAAUGGCGGCUUUAAGCUGGCGUUAGGCGAAGACGGCCGCCUGGUUUUGCAGCACGAUCCGACACUCAAUCAAGACUUACAAUCGCAGCUUCUUUUGCAAAGUAUUUUUGGUUUGAACGGCCUAGUCUUACAACCGUCAAUUGAUCAGCAAGUGCAUUCGCAAACCGUGCAGACGAUUCAACAGCAAUCGGUUCAGACAAUUCAACAGCAAACAGUUCAGUCGCAAACAAUACAAACUGUGCAGCAACAAACCGUGCAGCCUCACAUGCAAACAAUUCAGCAAGCAAUACAGCCCCAAAUUCAGGCGGUGCAGCCGCAAACCGUCCAGCAAACCGUUCAACAGACAAUCCAGCAUCAAACCGUGCAGUCGCAGCCGCUGGCGCACGCUCACUCGCAACCGAUGCAGAUUGUGCAGCCUCAACCGAUUCAUACCAUUCAGUCUCACAAUAUACAGCAGCACACCAUUCAGUCACAGCCGACUGUGCAAGCAAUUCAGUCUCAGGUACAACAAAGCAUACACUCGCAGAUACAGUCGCUACUGCAAUCCCAACCUCUUCAAACCAUUCAACCUCAACCCGUGCACACGCAGGCGCCCGCGCCGACGAUACAAACCCAACCCACCCAACCCAUUCUUAAAGUACAGCCGUUCCAAAAGACGCAACCUCCCGUACAAACGGUUCACCCGCAGCCCGUUCAAACGAUCCACCAUCCUCCCCCACCCCAACCUAGCAUUAACGAAAAUCAACAAAAUCAUCCCCCUCAAACCUCGUACGUUGUCAACUUGACACCCGAACAACUCGAGCUGCUGAAACGCAACGGACAACUAACCGUCAACGGACAAACGAUUUUCAUGCAACGACCUAACAUAACCAAUAAAACCCCGGAGACCAUCCACGAGAACAAGAUCAAGCUUUCGCCCAAAAUAAAGCCGGUAGUCAAGAAAGUAAAAUCGCCCGCUGUUAAAACGCUCCAAGAAAAUCUCGGCAUCAAGAACGUCAAUCACGUCUCCGACAAGCUGAACCACGUCAAGGACCCCCCGCCGAAAUCGAGCCUGGUGAUGGCGCUCCAGUCGCCCCCGAAGAUUCCGCCGACGCCGCAAAAGGUCGUCUCGCAACCGCCGUCCGCCACGGUCCAGCCGACCGUCCAGGCGACGGUCUCGAGCCAAACGCAAACGCCGAAGCAGCCCGUUCAGGCGAAAGUCCAGGGGACGCAAACGACCCAGACGCACACGGAGGGAAACGGUCACGAGGUCGACAACAUACUCGGUCAGCUGCUCGAGGAGUCCGGCGGAAGCGCGAGCGUUGCGACGUCGACGCAGAACCAGCAGCGGAUACACACGAUUCAGCUGACGCCGCAACAGCAGCAGCACCUGAAGAGCAUCCAGCUGCAGAUACAGACGCUUUCGGGCCGUCUCACGCCCGGCGAUACCGAGAUGCACACCGCGCUCAAGCUGCUCUUCGCCGAGCAGCAGAAGAUCUUGGCGUCCGGCAAGCUGCUGCCCCCCGAUAAGGUGAUUUACCAGAACAACCAGCUUACAAUCAUAAAUCCAUCCUCGCUCGGGAUCGGAAAUGGAACGCCAGUGAAGGCGGAGCCGCAAGUGCUUCAAGCGCCGAUACUGCAACGACCGCCGUGUAACGAACCAAAUAAUAAUCAGCCAACCGUUUCAACAGUACAAACCGUACCAAAAAUCACGGUAGCCGCGGAGGUCAGCGCGAGCGUUUCCGCGCCGCUACCGCCCCCUCCCAAGCCGCCCGUCAUUUCGAUUCCGACGCCGGUUCCGGUGCAGCAAAACAAGUUCAUACCCAGCUUUACGAAGGCGCAACUACUCGAGCAGCAGUUGAAUACGGAUCAGAACGGGGCGAUCAAGCCGGACGUUCACACGCCGUUUCGCGAUAAGGCCGACGCCUGCAAGCGACUGAUACGAUACCACUGCUACAAUCAACCGGUGCUGUCGCAGAAGGACCUGAAUAAGGCGGACGAGAUUUUCGAGUUGACGGCGCGGCACUUUAUCGAUAAGUUUUCGAGGAUGGUUGACAAAUAUCGCUUUCUUCUGCUUAAAGAGAGCAUGCGUCAAGUACAAACAUCGGAGCUGAUGAUGUUGGACCGCAUGUUCCUUGCCGAAGAGCAGCAGUCGUUGAUGCGCCUCAGGCACGACCUACAGGAGUGUCCGCCCGUCGAGAUCGCGCCGCCCGCCUCGUCCCAAUCGACGAAUCCGUCGGCGGAACAGGCGCAGGAGGAGUACGACGAGUGGGCGUGCAUACAGCGCGAGCUCGGCUGCCUGCAGCCGACGUCCGUCGAGGAGAUGCGACAGCAGCAGCAGAAGAUCGUCGCGAACGCCUCGCAAACGAAACGAUCGGCCAGUAGCGAUUCGCGGUUGGAGACGUUGAAAAAAUUUCGCGUCGACAAGCACAGUAAAAGGCACUGCGACGGUUCCGGCGGACAGAAUAGUUUCGUAGGCGGUAAUUGUACGAGUAACGCGCAGCAGAAUCAUUUUGCGGUCAAUUCGGUUAGAGCGCAAGGCGUCGCGCAGCAAAAGAAUGUAUUGCAGCAGUCUCAGUUCGGCAAUCCGACGGGCGGUUUGCCGAACGUUAGGCCGCCGAUGCAUUACGGUAACCGCGGCGUACAGUAUACCAACGUCGGGGGCGUUUAUCAUAGUACAAAUAUAUUACAGCAGCAGUUCACGCAGCAGCAAUUUACUCAUAUGCAAGACGUCCAUAGUAUGUACGGUGCUCACGCUCAACAACACGGUGUGCCGCCGUUCAAUAACACGAAUUGUAGCAGUGUACAUAACAGUGUAAAUAGUAAAAAUAGUGUACAGUCCCACGGGUCACACAGUAGUGAAGGUGAAAGUGGCAACAAUAGCAUAGACGAACACGUUCAGUCAGCUAUCGAUUCCAUACUUAACCUACAACAAAACUCAAAUUUAGAUUUAGACGAAGCUGUAUCUAGUAUACUAUCAUGACGAAAUAUCUAGAUCGGUUUAGGUUUGAUUUAGUACGAUUAAUUUUGUGAUAUAAUUUAUUGGACAGUUGAUCUGCGAUUUUUGUCUUUAUAAAGGAAUUUGUUUUUGCUCAACACAUCACACUUGCUUUGUCCACUAUUCGGAUCACCCUUUAAGUGACACGUUUCUUUUUAUUGUUUUUAAUCGAUUUUCGUCAAUUUAUUUUUAUUUAUAAUUUUAGGCCCGUGUCAUUCAUAAGUGAUCCGAGUAGUUCUUUUAAUUAUUGUAAAUAAGUUAAUUUAUAUGAGUACUUACGAUGAUGUUCGAUAAUGUAAUUUUUAUUAUUAAGACUGACUUCCAGAAAUUUUAGUUCCUAAUGGGAAAAGUAUUUCAAAAUAAAAAAUAUCGUCGUUUCUCGAUAA